AUGGAUCCGAGAAAUAAUGACAACGUUGCUCCGCUAAAUGAGCGGGAUGAGAAUUUGGAAGUUGUUGAGGUGGUAGAGACUCAAGAUGAUCAAAGUAUUGCGUCUCUCAAGUCCGAUGAUUCUGAUCUUAAGAAGAAGAUAAAGAACGUGGAAAUCAGGGAGAAAGGUGGCUGGACAAACGCAAUCAUAUUGCUUGCAAAUCAAGGGUUAGCGACAUUGGCGUUUUUUGGAGUGGGAGUAAAUUUGGUGUUGUUCCUAACACGUGUUCUCGGACAAGGAAAUGCCGAGGCUGCGAACAACGUAAGCAAAUGGACAGGAACAGUUUACAUGUUUUCCCUUGUGGGUGCAUUUCUUAGCGACUCUUAUUGGGGACGUUACUUGACAUGCACCAUCUUCCAAGUCAUCUUCGUCCUCGGUAUCGGCCUCCUCUCUUUCGCUUCUUGGUUUUUCUUGAUCAAACCUCGAGGUUGUGGCAAUGGAGACCUUAUCUGCAAUCCUUCUUCUUCCCUUGGCGUUGCUAUAUUUUAUCUAUCAGUUUAUCUCAUAGCGUUUGGUUAUGGAGGUCACCAGCCAACACUGGCUACUUUCGGUGCAGACCAGUUUGGUGAAGAUAAAAACAACAAAGCUGCGUUUUUCAGCUACUUCUACUUUGCCCUAAACGUUGGAUCUCUCUUCUCGAACACAAUUCUUGUUUACUUUGAGGACAGAGGUUUGUGGACCGAAGGGUUUCUGGUGUCGCUAGGCUCGGCGAUUGUCGCAUUGAUGGCUUUUCUGGCUCCGACUAGACGUUAUCGGUAUGUCAAGCCGUGUGGGAACCCUUUGCCACGUGUGGCGCAAGUGUUCGUGGCUACUGCUCGGAAAUGGAGGGUUGUUCGACCAGGAAACCCCGAGGCGUUGUAUGAAGUCGAAGGACCUGAAUCCGCCAUUAAAGGAAGUCGAAAGAUAUUUCAUAGUAGCAAAUUUCUCUUCUUGGAUAAAGCAGCAGUGGUUACAGAGAGAGACAGGAACGAGAGCAAUGCGUGGCGGUUGUGCAGUCUAACACAAGUAGAGGAGGCAAAAUGUGUGAUGAAAAUGCUCCCAAUAUGGCUAUGCACUAUAAUAUACUCAGUGAUCUUCACACAAAUGGCAUCAUUGUUCGUGGAGCAAGGUGAUGUAAUGGAUGCUUACAUCGGGAAAUUCCACAUCCCCGCAGCGAGCAUGUCGGUUUUUGAUAUAUGUAGCGUCUUAGUAUCAACCGGAAUUUACCGUCACGUCAUAUUUCCAUACGUGAGACCCACGGAACUUAUGCGGAUGGGGAUAGGGCUUAUCAUAGGGAUAAUGGCAAUGGUGGCUGCCGGAUUAACCGAGAUCCAACGACUAAGACGAAUAGUCCCGGGGCAAAAGGAGAGUGAGCUGACCAUUUUAUGGCAAAUACCACAAUACGUGCUUGUUGGUGCGAGUGAGGUGUUCAUGUACGUUGGACAAUUAGAGUUCUUCAAUGGACAAGCUCCAGAUGGGUUAAAGAACUUAGGAAGCUCAUUGUGUAUGGCUUCAAUGGCAUUAGGUAACUAUGUGAGUAGUUUGAUGGUGAAUAUUGUUAUGGCUAUAACCGCGAGAGGCCCGGAUAGACCCGGGUGGAUACCGGAAAAUCUCAAUGAAGGUCAUAUGGAUCGGUUUUAUUUUCUGAUUGCUACAUUGGCUGCUAUCGAUUUCGUACUUUAUUUGAUCUUUGCAAAAUGGUAUCAACCCAUUAGCCAUGAUGAAGAUAGCAUCAAGGGUGGUUCCGGUGGAAAUUUGAAGGCAGACUCAGAGUUGGACCAAGUUUGA